GGGGCCGGGCGGCCCAAUGGGGCGCGGCGGGGCCUGGGCGCAGCAUGGCGGGGCGGCCGCCGUACGAGGAGUUCCCGGUGGUGUUCCUGCCGCCGUACGAGAGCCCACCCGCCUGGGUGCCGCCGCACGAGCGCAUCGACCACCCCGAGUACAGCAGCGAGCUCACCCGCUUCCUGCCGCGCACUGUGCUGCUCAGGAAGCCGCCCGGAGCCCAGCUGGGCUUCAACAUCCGGGGAGGAAAAGCUUCGCAGCUGGGGAUCUUCAUCUCUAAGGUGAUCCCUGACUCGGAUGCGCACCGUGCUGGGCUGCAGGAAGGGGACCAGGUGCUUUCGGUGAAUGACGUGGAUUUCCAGGACAUUGAGCACAGCAAGGCUGUGGAAAUCCUGAAAACGGCCCGUGAGAUCAGCAUGCGUGUGCGUUACUUCCCCUACAAUUACCAGAGACAGAAGGAAAGAACAGUUCACUAGAAGGCAGCUAGGAUUGCGGAGCAGCCAUCCUGCAAACAUCUCUUCACUGCUUUUUCUCACUGCGGGUGACGACACAUCAAUUUUCAGGUGUCCCUGAGGGUACAACUCUUCUGUUGGCUGCACAGGCACCAGCUCUGCUUCCUCUGUGGAGGGACGCCAGCAGGGUCUUAGUUAGCUGGAAGAUGGUUGGGACUUUGGUCUGUACUCUUGAACUGGGCGUUGAAAUAAGUGGGUGGUGCUGAUGUAGAAGUGGGUACGGGAGGGCAGCUUCUCCAGCAAGAUCUGUACUUCUCUCCUAGCAGGACUCAACAGAAUUCUCUGUUGGCUCUAGACCCAACCCUUGUUGCUAGGUGUAAGGCCAGGAAGGUGCGUGAGGAGGGCAUGGCCUUCAUUUUCCUCUUCACUUUUCUGGUGACCUGACAUUCCUUCCUUCUCCACUGUCCAACUCUGCUCUACACCUACUGGGUUUGCUUGGGACUUGAGGAACAGUAGUAAAACUCAGUCAAACUCAGUGUCCGCCUCUAGCUGUGCUGGUCUGCUGAGGCGCGUUU